UUUCCCUGUCAUUUUAUGUACACCCUAAUCUCAACUCCCCAGUGACCAUGAAUGUAACCAGUCUACCAACUGCUCGAUCAAACCACACAAGCAGUUGUGGACCACUUUACGAUGAGGAAAACCCCCUUCCACUUGUGGCUCUCUACAGCACCGUCCUCACUGUAGGUCUGCCGGCAAACCUGAUCACAGUCUUCCUCACGUUCCUCGAAGUGUGUCGGAAGAACGUUCUAGGAGUGUACCUCUUCAGCCUGACACUGUGUGACCUCAUGUAUCUCAGCACACUUCCACUGUGGGCCAUUUACAUCCACAGAGGCCAUCGCUGGGAAUGGGGCUCUCUGGCCUGCAAGAUCACCGGAUACGUGUUUUUCAAUAACAUGUAUAUCAGCAUUUUCCUGAUGUGCUGCGUUUCCGUUGACCGAUUUGUGGCGGUGGUUUACGCCGUGGAGUCUCGAGGGUUGAGGAGAAUGAGACAUGCCGCGAUCAUCUCGGUUACAAUCGUGGCAGUCGUUGCGAUAGGACACGUGCCUGUUUUCACCAUGACAGAGGGAAAUUCCGAGAAAAUAUCGGAGAAGAGAUGUUUCGAGCCGAGCAAUCCUUCUUCUGUAGUGACAGGACUCAAUUAUGCUCGAUUCUUUGUUGGUUUCUUCAUCCCGUUGUGCAUUUUAACUCUUACUAACUUUGCGAUUCUUGUUAACGUUCAAGCAAGCGCUGGCCUGAUGACGAAAACCAAAGUCAAAGUUCGCAAUCUGGCUGUCGCUGUCGUUUUGUUCUUUUUGGUGUGCUUUACGCCAUACCACGUGAUUCUUCUGCUGCGUGCUGUCAAUUUCCAUGUUUCGGAUGGGAAGUGUGACUUUGAGAGACAUGUCUACACCCCGUACACCAUCUCCUUGGGAUUGUCUACUGUCAACAGCGCGUUGAAUCCUGUUUUCUAUGUUCUUGCUAGCAGUAGUGCACAGAAGAAGAUAUACAAGGGCUUGCAAGGGUUACGCAGCAGCUCAAGAUCCUCUUCUUUAGCGUGAUUUGUUGUUUCAUGUUUUCGAAUCGGACUUUCUAUGGCAUUCAAAACCAAGCAUCACCAGCAUUACAGGUACUCUGUGUUAAGAGUCUUAACGUUUUGUAGAUGGAUGUUAUUGAUGUUUUCGACGAAGGCCUGAAUGAUUGUUUUGAGGUAAAAAGAAAUUCGAAUUAGCUUAUUGUUAGUGAAUAUCCCAACACCAACCUCGAUAUAACAAAAUCAACAUAUAACUAAUAUUACAUUUGUGAGAAAACAGCUGUGAAGAAAAGGUGCGCUGUGUGCUAAAUGCUUAGUCUGGUCUGUUAAUUCUUUCUGCUUUUGAGAGAUUUGGUCAAUGCAAUGCUUUCAGUUCAAAUUAUUAAUGAAACUUAUGAAAAUUGAGACACUGUAGGCAGCAACAGUGUUGUGGGGAAGCUGAUAUGUGCUUUAAGCAUCCCGAAUUUGAAUGUCGUACCCUCUCUCUAUCCACUUUUUAAGUCAUGACGUAUUGGUGACGUAUGGAAUACUGUUUCCAGGUCCAAGCCGCUACUCAUCUGAAUAGAGAAAAUAUUUGUUUAUGACCACUUUUUAGUCACAUCACACAUUAAAGUGAAUUUUAUAUCAAAUUCUUUGGGCUUGCUGAAUCUUGCUGAAAUAUCAAACUUUUAACAAUUUAGAAAACAUUCAUCACUUUCUGGCCAUCGUAUAUUAUGCAUGGACAUAUAUAUUGUGAUUGUGAUUUUUGAAAGUAUUACAGCGCUUUGUAAAUGUUUAGUGAAGCGCGAGGCACAAUGUAGGGUGGUUAAAUGUAACACAAAGUUUUAAGGCAUUUACUCAGGGUUAAUCAUGGCAUGCUUCUGAGUUUUUUUUUACCACAAUUUCGGCAGAAGUCUUUCUGCCAAUUAUUGAAAAAGUUCACCG